AUGAAUGAAGCAUAUGUCGGAUUGCCCCACGAACACAUUGUGAAUCUCUCACCACGAUACAAAGCGUACCGAGUCGAGUACAAAGAGCUCCCGGCAACAACUCCACCUCGAUACAUGCGAGAAAGAAGAUCAACGGAAUAUGCCAUUGCGAGCCACGCAUCGGGGAAUAUGUCUCAACUGCCAAAAGCUACCAAGCUGCCGGUCCCCAGGACUUUCGCCGAAGGCCGUAACGAUGCUUCGAGCCAAAUGCCUAGUCCCACUGCACUUCCUAGACUGACCCCAGCCAGCCACUCGGGACGGCUAGAUGACCAGUCUACAAUUUGGGACAAAGGUCAUGACCAAUAUUGGAGGAAGAUCCGAGAGAAACUGGAGGACUCGCAGUUGUUAAAACGUACCAGGAGCAAGGAAAGCGACACUGAUAUCCAAUCUCCUAAUUCGCGGAUCUCCUACCACCGCAGCAGACUUCCGGCUAGCACUAGCCAAGAUCAGGCAAGCUCACGGGCAGCUAAUGCACCAUCAGGAAUCGCGAGUCAAAGCACCGUCAACAACAGUUUCGCGCAGGGGUUAAGAAACGAUGCUCCCGCCACUCUUGCCGAGGACAGCGAAAUCAACUGGAGGAAACAAGGCGACCAAUGGGUCAAUCUGGAUUUUAACGAAAGCACACCCCAGAAAUCAGUUAGAACAGAUACGACGACUGAUUCCAGUCCUCGAUCUCAUCCUUCCAUCUCGCCAGUAUCUGUUGAGGACAGUUCCAUUACCGACUGGGAAGACCGAUUUGUUGUGAAUAUGCCAACCGCGAAAGAUCCCAAUCCGCCCACGAUGACAGCUCAACAAAUUGCCGAGUAUCAAAGAAGCAUCGAAUCAGUAUUUCGACAGGGUAGGCAGAUGGCGCACCCGGACACAUUGCCUAGUCGUAACGUGUCCCCCGAGAUCAGAUUCAUGCCUACCGAACAAAUAAGUCAAAGCCCAGGGGGGAUCAACACAUAUGAUGGGGUAUACGAGGGGCGUCGAGUGCCUAGCUUGCCACGAGACCAACGUCGCUCAUCGCCACAGCCCCAGCACAACCCUCAACCGGAGCAACAUUUACAGCUUGAGCAGCCCCAGCCCACGAAUGCGCCGCAACGUGAAGCAGCUAUUCGCUAUUACAGCCCGGAUGAAAUCGGGUACAAUCGGAUUAGCACAAUUUGGGAAGAAUUGCCCACAAAAGCAAAAGAAAAACGACACCCCCAAAACGCCGACGGGUCUUUUUUAGGAUGCAGGGAAAUAUCCGGGGAAAAGAACCCAGACGAAAUCCUCAAGUUUGCUUCCCCAGACGAUGCGAGUCUGCAUCCUUUCCCAUUGGAUCUGGUUUCCAAGAACAGGCAAAAGGUGCCGAAGGAAGUAUGGAAGGCGGCAGACCGACAAAUCACCCACAGAGUCGGGGAGACCUUAGUCCUUCAAGAAGAGCGACCACAAAUUUCUCGGAAUUCGAGACCUGUCCAAUGCUCGAAGCCGUCACCAAUGUACCAGGAUCGGAGUUGCCGCCAGAACCCAUCCCCAAUUCCGCGGACAAGGUCCCAGGAUUCGAGCAAAGAGAACUACCACCCUACCAGCAAAACACCCGAGAGGUUCGAAAGUCUGGAACAACAUCGGGGGGACGACGAUGUGUUCAUUAUCACACCCACUAUCACACGCACUGGGAUUCCCACGCCCGACAAGAAAGCAUCUUCGUCAAAGCCGCACGGACUGCGUCGUCCUGGUGUUCCAAAUCCCACACUUACCGCCGAGGCUGUCCAAGCCGUCCGGGCAAAGGCUCAGAUGAUCUCCACCCCAUCGGGAUUGCGGCCAGGGGGACCCAACAGGAAUAUCAAGCCACCGGAGCGUACCUUGACAGCUUCCCAAACAUUGCCACCCAGCAGCAUAUCCACCGCGCCGAAAGACCAAAACGACGAGGAGGAUCGAAACCACGACUAUGUGGAAGGUCGCAAUCCAGAGCGAGAACAAAAAAUACCACCGAAUAUUAUCCGUGGAUUCAUCCAUACCUCCGGGCUUGCAAGACCCCCAGCGCUGGCCAGGUCACCUACAAAUAGCCUUACUGCGAUGUUGCGCAACAGGACCGAGUCCCUUCGUGCACGCGCCGAGUCUCUGAGGAAUAGUUCGGGUUCACCCCUGAGUGCGAACCAGAAACAAUCGCCAAAUCCUCAGCCAAUUCUUCCGUCUAGGGACAAUUCGGAAUCAUCACAAUCUGAACGGUCAUUUCAGUCCGCUGAAGACACCCCACCCGUCUCAGAAAACCGGUCUACCUCGCCGGCAAAAAUAGUCAUGGCGGAAAAGAAACCAGAAGAAAACAAAGAACCUUCCUCGCGACAACCUGCUCGAAGCAAACCAGUAACGAAAAAAGUAACUUUAUCAGUGGAACGCCCUUCGUCAGCCAAACAGGACAAGCUCCCUACAUCAACUAGAAAGAUUUCUGGAGUCGCAAAGCUGUCUAAGUCUGAUAAACCUCCCAAGUCUACGAAACCGGCUGCGUCUGAAAACCCUCCUCCCUCUAAGGCAGAGAAGCCCGAUCCUCUGCCUAAAAAAGAAGAGCGGAUAAAGCAGCUGCCUCGUCUCCGCACUUCUGGGAGAGUUUUGGAAAUCGCCGAGCUCGAUGGGCUUCAAGUUGUGACUCCCAAGGGGUCCCUUCAACCAAAUAUCACAGAUGUCUACGACCUAGGUGAUAUCAACUCCCGAGACGGGGAUGAGUCUGAUGGCCAAGCCCUCAAUCCCUUGGCCCUUUCACUUAUUUUCAAUAUUCUUAUUGUUGCCGUCACCCAAGUGAAUAGGGCUCUUCGAAUGGGUACAAGUAGUCCUUACACGAAAUUCCUGGUCAAUAACACCUUGAACAUGACCCGUCACUGUUGGCGUGUUUCCAAAUGCAUCUACGUCGCGGUGUCUCGCUACCAGGCUACAGGCACUUGGCCCAAGGCUCGCAGUGACCAGGCCGUCAGCCGGUUCAUGGUGGAGCUUCUUCAGGCAAUUGUGUAUCUCUUGAUUCUUGGGUGUGCAGCCGUGCUGAUAGGCCGUACUGCUGGCUACAUCGUUCUCGUGAGCAGCUGGAUUGUAUGGUUUGCCAGGCCCUUUGCAUGGGCUUUCCAAUGUGUUGGCCGUGCCCUGAUAAUGUAA